GUAACCGGUCGCGGCGGUCCCGUCUGCGGCAACGCAGGCGGCUCAGGCGGCCGAGGUCUGUGGGCCGAAGCCCACGCGGGGCUCUUUCUGCCUGCUCUGUGAUGGCGGCUGCGACGGCAGUGGUCACGCCCUCAGGUUUGGAGGAUGGGGUGUCUCGGUCCCGCGGCGAAGGGGCCGGGGAGGUGGUCGUGGAGCGGGGGCCUGGUGCGGCCUACCACAUGUUCGUGGUGAUGGAGGACCUGGUGGAGAAGCUGAAGCUACUCCACUACGAGGAGGAACUCCUCCGGAAGAACAACCUGAAGCCCCCGUCCAGACACUAUUUUGCACUGCCUACCAACCCUGGUGAACAGUUCUACAUGUUUUGCACUCUUGCUGCUUGGUUGAUUAACAAAGCAGGACGCCCCUUUGAGCAACCUCAAGAAUACGAUGACCCUAAUGCAACUAUAUCUAACAUAUUAUCUGAGCUUCGAUCAUUUGGUAGAACUGCAGAUUUUCCUCCUUCAAAAUUAAAGUCAGGAUUUGGAGAACAUAUAUGCUAUGUUCUUGACUGUCUAGCUGAAGAAGCAUUAAAAUAUAUUGGUUUCACCUGGAAAAGACCAACAUACCCAGUAGAAGAAUUAGAAGAAGAAGCUGUCCCAGAAGAUGAUGCAGAAUUAACAUUAAAUAAAAUGGAUGAAGAAUUUGUGGAAGAGGAGACAGACAAUGAAGAAAACUUUAUUGAUCUCAACGUUUUGAAGGCCCAGACAUAUCGCUUGGAUAUGAACGAGUCUGCCAAACAAGAAGAUAUUUUGGAAUCCACAACAGAUGCUGCGGAAUGGAGUCUCGAAGUGGAACGUGUACUACCACAACUGAAAGUCACGAUUAGGACUGACAAUAAGGAUUGGAGAAUUCAUGUUGACCAAAUGCACCAACAUAAAAGUGGAAUUGAAUCUGCUCUAAAGGAGACCAAGGGAUUUUUGGAUAAACUUCAUAAUGAAAUUAGCAGGACUCUGGAAAAGAUCGGCAGCCGAGAAAAGUACAUCAACAAUCAGCUUGAGCACUUGGUUCAAGAAUAUCGUGCAGCUCAAGCCCAACUGAGUGAGGCAAGGGAGCGAUACCAGCAGGGUAAUGGCGGAGUAACGGAGAGGACCAGGCUCCUGUCUGAGGUUACAGAAGAACUAGAAAAGGUAAAGCAGGAAAUGGAAGAAAAAGGCAGCAGCAUGACUGACGGCGCUCCCUUGGUGAAGAUUAAACAGAGUUUAACAAAGCUGAAGCAAGAAACUGUUCAGAUGGACAUCAGAAUCGGUGUUGUAGAACACACAUUACUCCAAUCAAAACUGAAAGAGAAAUCUAACAUGACUAGGGACAUGCAUGCGACAGUCAUUCCAGAAUCUGCAGUAGGCUCUUAUUAAAAUAUACUGUUUUUCAUGCUUCUUAGUUGUUUUUUUAUAUCAAAGUAUAUUUCACGUUGCAUAGAUUUUCAAAACACAAUUAAAGCACGUUCAGUGGGUGUUUUUUUACAUAUAUACACAUACCUAUUGUAUCGUGAUAAUGGAUGGUUAAAGCCUUUAAAUUGAACAUAAUAAGGUGAUUAAAAAUUCUCACUUUGAAAGAAACUUUCACUAAUCAAUACGUAUGUUAAAGCCCCCACCUGGUGGCAUGUUUUUCUUACUGUUCCUUAUGUAAGCCAAUGUCCAUGACCCAUGCCUUCUGUAGUGCGGCGGCUGCUGACACCACAUGGACCUUUGACACGAGCCUGGCACCUUCAGUUUGGUCCACCUCUGCAGUGACCACAGUUGCCUCUGUGCCCAGUGGCAGCUAGUGAUGGCUGGGGAUUCUUUUUUAAGAACCCGGACUACCCUUGCCUCAGCUUUAUGGUUACCUAAAAUCACAUUUCUUUUAAAAAGCAUAUGAAAAAAGUUCAGUGUUCUUAUUAACAUUUGAAGCUUAUUAUCUAUCAUGAGUAUGUCAUGACUAAAAUGAUUUUGUAUCUUCUCUGAUCUAAGGUCACCUAAUAAACAUUUCAGGCAUGUUUGACUCUAGUGACAAAAAAAGUA